UAUGAUAUACGUCUAUUUUUUUCUAAAUCUAUGGUGAUGCGAAUGUUACUACGCAGGCGCACAUCUCCUGAACCUUGAAGGAUCCGUCACUUUUUCGCUUCUUUCUUUCGUAAACUCGUUUAUAGUCAGCAUACACGUUUCGUGUCCAAAGACUUAAAAAUGCGUUACGUGGCUGCUUACUUAUUGGCCGUCCUCGGCGGAAAACAAGACCCCGCUUCCGGAGACUUGGAAAAGAUCUUGGGAUCUGUCGGUAUUGAAGUCGACAAGACCAAGCUCACCAAAGUCAUUGAUGAGCUUAAGGGCAAAUCCGUUGAAGAACUGAUCGCACAAGGUCGUGAAAAAUUGGCUUCCGUGCCAUCCGGUGGUGCUGCCCCAGCUGCUGCAGGAGACGCCCCAGCUGCCGCUGCCGAAUCCAAGAAAGAGGAAAAGAAGGAAGAAAAGAAGGCUGAAUCUGAAUCAGAAGAUGAUGAUAUGGGCUUUGGACUCUUCGACUAAAGUACCUUCCACAUUUAGUUGUAAGGUUCAGUUUAAGUUUUUAAUAAAAAGACUUUUAAACUAA